CGCUAACCCAAACUCGCCUCCAUCCCAGCAGGGAUAUCCAGCUCCUGGGGCGCAAUCUUCGUACCUUGGCAUGUCCCACCCCGGAUAUCCACCCCCGGGCCAGUCUCCUAUGCCACCCCAGUCUUCUAUGCCACCCCAGUCUCCUAUGCCACCUCAGCAGGGUGGCAGUGGCGCAAGGAACGUCGACACUAGUGUCAACCACGAGGGCGCUCAGUUCCGCGUCUCGUACAGGGACAACAACAGCUUGCUGUCUGUCAGGCUGCCGCCUGGCAUGGAGCUCAAGGCGAAACCGGGAUGCAUGGUGGCCAUGGACGCGACAGUCAAAAUCAAGGGAAAGAUGAAAGUCAGCUUCAAGAGGCUCAUCACAAGCUCUGAUUUGUCAGAGUCAACAUUCACGGGCCCGGGCGAAGUCCUCAUGGCUCCAGAAACAUGGGGUGACAUCGUCCCUAUUCAUCUUGAUGGCAGUACCGUCUGGAACUUUAGCAAGCACGCGUUCCUAUGCUGCACUCAAGGGGUCACUCGUACGUACAAGACUCAGAGCUUGGGCAAGACUUUCUUCUCUGGUGAAGGCUUAUUCGUCGAACAGUGCUCAGGCGCGGGUGUUAUAUUCGUCUCCAGUAUCGGCGCCAUUGUGCAAAGGCACCUGCAGCCCAAUGAGCAAUGGAUUGUUGAUAAUGGACAUCUUGUUGCCUGGACUGCGAAGUAUUCCGUCGAGCGCAUUCAGGCGGGCAGCCUUCUGUCUAGCGCAAAAACCGAUGAAGGUCUUGUUUGUCGAUUCACCGGACCUGGCAUAGUCUAUCUCCAGACUCGCAACCCAGAGGUGUUGGUCCAUUGGAUCAGCGAGCAGCUCCCAUCUUCGGGAUAAGAACGAAACCUUAAGACUUGUACAAUGACGACUGUAAGAAGUGUUCCACGUAUCGAGUGUAAUUAUUUUCUUUCAUGCCCACUUUACAAAUUGAGAAGGGUACGGGAAUAAACUCGUUAAAAUUGUCAACCUACUACGUGCAAUCCUUUGACUACCCGAACAUGUUCCUCGUUACAACAGGCAGUUCCCUUACGUUCAAUAUAGUGAGCACACUAUACGUAGCUUAUUCUGGCAAGCAUUCUGCAUAUACGCUGACUUCACAUAAUCCAUCCAGAGAAAUUUGCUAUAUUUGAGCGCAAUAAAGAUUGGUUUCUCGCAUUGGAUUUUCGGGCAUUCGCUACAGAAGGGCAAGUCUCGCCAAACUCGCAUAGCGAGCCUGCAUAAUCGAAUCAUUCUCUUUCGACCCUUCCAAGUGUGGCUUUACCAUACAGUCGUCAACAGGGGUACCCCGUGCUCGCUCAUGAAGCUUGCAUGAAGCAUCGGUCCUGGAAUGUACAUCCUGGUCUGUCAAUAGCUCGAACCGCCGUUC